AUUAUGUCAAAACUCAAAAGUCAAAACAGAUUGAAGCCCCCACCCACUCACAAACACCGUUAACAAUUUUUCCCAAUCUCCUCAUUUCUCUCCUUCCCAAAACCAACCCCAACAAAAUCCUCUUUCAUUCAAAUUUCCAACAAAUUGGAAAUUUUAAUUAAAAAUAAAAAACAUAGAAUCAUGGGCCUAAGAUCCCUGUUUAAUCGCAACAAGGACCUGAUCCCGUCAUCCACGCCGUCACGAUCCACCUCCAUGUCGGUGCGGUCACGAACCCGCAUGGCCGCCGAGCUCGAACAAGUCUUCCACAAAUUCGACGUUAACGGCGACGGCAAGAUCGACGCAUCGGAGCUUGGAGCCAUAAUGGGAAGCCUGGGGCAAAAGGCGACGGAGCAAGAACUCAUCAACAUGCUCCGCGAGGUUGACGGCGACGGCGACGGUUACAUCAGCCUCCAGGAGUUCAUCGAGCUGAACACAAAGGGCGUGGAUUCCGAUGAGGUCCUUGAGAACCUGAAGGAGGCCUUCUCAGUGUUUGACAUUGAUGGUAACGGUUCCAUCACGGCGGAGGAGCUUAACACCGUGAUGAGGAGCCUCGGCGAGGAGUGCACGCUGGCAGAGUGCAGGAGGAUGAUCAGCGGCGUCGACAGCGACGGUGACGGCAUGAUCGAUUUCGAAGAAUUUAGGGUUAUGAUGAUGAUGGGUUCUCGCCACGACACCACCAACAGAGUUUUGCCUGAUCCUGAUUAUUGAACGAAUAACACUUCCUUUGUUGCCUCGCUGCUAAUCUCGUCUAAUUUCUUUCUCAUUUUGCUUCUUUCUUUAUUUUUGUAUGGGAAAGAUGCAAAAAUAAUUAUCUUUAUUAAUGGGAAGAAGAGAACUACACAUGUACAUUUUAAUCUUAAACACUUCUGGAUCCAAA